AUGUCUGAAUUAUCUAAGUCCAAUUCUGGACAUCGCAGUCCAACAAAAAGAAAAGGACAUGUACCCUCAGUAGCCACAGCUACAAGUCAUUUGCUUACUUCAACAAAGGCACUCUUACAAUCAUUGACUUCGUGGUCUAAACGUAGUGCCACCGUCUCAGAAGUAUCGGCUAAGUUUGUUAAAUUUGGAGAUUCAUUCAAAACACUUAAAAGAUCAUAUAAUGCUUUCGGAAUUGACAUUACAACUCUACCAGAUAUACCUAAACAAGUUAGAACAAUACUAGAAGCCUCUUUGAUUCUCGAACCCUCACAGCAAUCAUUGGAUAUGUUUUUACCUCAGAUUGGAGAGUCUGUUGCAGAACUUAUGAAAAUGCUAAAGGACAAACAAUUUGAGGUUUCUGAAGCGGAGAAGAGUAAAAGUAAUCUCAGUUUAUCUGCUUCUUUAUCGACUGUAUCAUCCUUAAGAUACCCUGGUAAGUCAUUUGCUGCAACACCAGGAGCCACUACCACCACUUCUGAACAUGGAUCUAAUGAUACAAGUAGGACACCGUACAAAGAUCCAUUGACUAGACUACAAAACAAUCGAAAUUUAAUAAGACGUGCAUCAAAGAGAUAUUCUGCAUACCAAACAUCUAGUAUUAUAUCGAUUCAAUCACCGAUGAAUAGUACAUCUUUUGACACUUCCCAACUUCCUAAGACGCCACUUUAUGAAGAUGGCACGCCAAAUAUUACCUCAGACGAUUUGGAAAAUGCCAAAAAUGACUCAAGUAUAUUUAAUAAUUCUACACUAGAAAAGAAUGGGAAUUCCACGUUCCCAUAUUCAAUAAAAGAGGAACAGGAGAGUGGUCAAACUCCAGAAAGUGAUGAAACAGAGAAAGAGGAAAAUGCCAAAGAAGUCAAAGAAGUUUUGAAUGAUACUACGGACAAGUUGAAGGGAGGAAGAAAUGAAAGGAAUGAUUCGGUCACCGAUGUUUUUGGAGGUACAAGAGAGAAUCAUAUAUUUUUGAAAUUGAAAGAUCAAGUCAAAAAAGUGAAUAUUAAAUUACCCACUACUGUUGCGAAUGUCAAAGUCCUAUUCACCCAAAAAUUCAAUUAUUCAUCUCCGGGGCUUACACCAUAUCCCAAGAUGUACAUUCAAGAUGGGCCUGCCUCAGUAGCCUAUGAACUAGAAAAUAUGGCUGAUGUUACUGACGGUAGCAUCAUUUCCCUACAGCAGCCAGACCUUCAGUCUGCCAUCUUUAAACAUGUAGAUUUACAAAUAGAUGGAGUUAAAAGCGACAUCAUGAACAUGGAAGACAGAUUGUUGAAGAAGAUUGAAUCAAUGAAUUUGAGUGUGACAUCAAACACGGUUUCAAACACAGUCCGACAAAGCGUUGAGAUUGAUUACGAGAAGAAUAUGAAGGAAAAGCUAGAGAAAAACGAAGAGUAUCAAAAGUUGGUUGACGAGCUCCAAAAUGAGCUAAACAAAGUUAAGCAGCAUCAAAAUAGAUCAAUCAAGCGAAUAACGAAUAUGAUAAAUGGUGCCAUUGAUUAUGUCGAUAACUUUCAAGAGAGUGGUAUAGUUCUGAAGGACAUGACAGAAAAUUCAUACAUUUCAGAAUGUAAAAACCGGGUUAGUGAAGGCUGUGAGUCUUUGGUUGAGAAGUUGGAUGAUUUGCAAGAUAUCAUUGAGUUCAUGAAAACGGACAUCACAAAGCAUAAUAUUAAGCCAUCUGACAAACAGCUGGAACAUCUCGGAAAGGAGAUGAGGAAGACAGAUGACACACUAAGGAAACUCACAAAUUAUACACAAAGUGAAAGAAAAAACAUAGCUGCUAUAUGGAAUAAGCAAAUGGCACUUAUAGCUGCUGAUCAAAGAUUCUUUAAAGCACAAGAAGAAAUUAUGGGAUUAUUGGAACAAGAUUACCAGUCUGCCCAAGAAACGUUUGAAUUAAUAAAGUCGUGUGCCGCCCAGCUAGAAAAGAGCUCUUUACCUAAAUCAAAACUGCCAAUUCCAGAUCCUUCAGUAUCCCCAUGGGAUGCCUCACGCUUAGUUAUGGCAGAAGUCGAUGCACUAAACCCAAAUCACGAAGAACGAGUCGAGGCUAUUGCAAAAGCUGAAAGAGUCAGAGAAAUGGAAAAAGAAUUAAGGCUGAAGGAUGAAUUCCAGGAAGAAUUGGACGAAUUCGUGUCAAACGAAAGACUCAAAAAAAGGCCAGGUGGGAUAGAGGAAUUGGAAAGAAAUAGACAGGAAAAAGAUCUUCAACAUAUAAAAAACACGCUGGGUGUUAUGUAG